GCAACGAUCAAUCACAACCCGGGAAUUUCUCGGACGACGACACAGAGCACUGCCGACCUGGGCUACACUACCAACCAACCUGAACACAAUUUCACCACAAUGACUGAUAUCAUGGCGCAGCCCAUGACUACAGAAGGAUCGCCCUCGAUUCCCGAGCUUCAGCAGCCCUUUGUCUCGAAAUGGGCUUCCAGAUAUCGCGGGGCCACAGUAGAAGACCUCGACCCUCCCGCCGCCCUCUCCCUCAACCCCUCGGACCCCAUCUCGCUCGCCCUCCUCUCCGCCUUUGAACGCGACUACACCCACCUGACCAUCGUCGACUCGCAGACCCGCGCCCUGCUCGGCUACAUCUCCAUCCCGCAGCUGCAAGCCCGCCUCGAGCGCGGCGAGGUUAAGCCCGAAGAUGAGGUGCGCACCGCCAUGAUGCGCUUCCGUCGCAAGGACGCCGCCAAGUACCAGGUCAUCACCAUGGAGACACCCCUGGAGGAGCUCGAGGCCUUCUUCGCCGGCGUUGCCACGGCGGGCCAAAAGCAGGACUUUGCUGUCAUCACGGAUGAGAAUAGGCGGUUCGUCCUGGGUGUGGCGACGGUGGCGGAUUUGGAGGAGUUUGUCAAGAGGAGGCCUGCGUAAGGGGAUGUUGAAGAGGGAGGAUGGGUGUUAAGGACGGAAACGAACAAAAGACGGAUGUCGGAGAAUCGCGGAUCGGAAUACCACAGCGGCUCAGACACAGCCUCGAAAGCCUCCGACAAUCGGGGGAGGUGUGCAGUUGCGGCUCUUUUAGAGAAUCGUUAGUUCCUUGAUAACCUAGAGGAAAGACUCUGUUUGGUUUGUUAUUGGCGUUCAGGCUUGGAUGGAUGGUUUAUCAUAUCGCUACAAGGGAAGGUACGGGCACAGGAGCAUUCAACAUGGAACCAGC